GGGUACUUUCGUCUUUUUGGUGAAAUGGCCGUGUCUAAACCCUAAUUUCCUCUUUCACUCCUCUCUCUGACUCGCUCCCUCUCUCGGAGCAUCUUCUUCCAGAAGUUCCAGCUUGAAUCCCACCCGGCAGCUGCCUCCGUGGAGCGCUCGUCGCCGGUCAGAGCUCCUUCAUUCAACCGUCAAGUCCUCGCGGUUCCUGCUCUCGUAGAUCAAGACGUGGCCCUCCAUUUGAGCCGUCGAUUCGUGCUUCGUUUUCCGUCAGAAAUGGUGCUUGCUUCGAGGAAUCAUCGGGAGCGAGCGAGUAGUGGCCUGCUCGUCAUCUCUUUAAAGAAUCGCGAAACAUUGAGUUUCGUACAGCGAUUACUGUGAAACUAGGAAUUUGAUCUUGAUUUGUAUUUUCCAUGGAAGACGCGGAGAACACCCUCCCUCCCUCAAAGAAAAGGGCUGCUGGUAGAGAACUUAAUCGUGAUAGACCUGAACUUGAUGAUGAGGAGGAUGCAUCGGAACAAGAGAGCGGGACCUUCAAGCGGGCAAGCAAUGACGUGCUAGCAACCAGGAGAAUUGUCAAAGUACGUCGAAGUCAAGGCACGUCUGCCCCUGCUUCCAAUCCUUUUGCUGGAAUUCGCUUGGUUCCACUUGCUGAGGCAAAGCCCGCGGAGGUGAGCCCUGAAGAGGAAGUUGUGAGUGAGAAGGCUACUGCUGGUUUGAAUGAAGAGGACAAAGAGAUUGAGAAGGACACCAAUGGUGAUAAUAAACAAGCAGAAAGCAAAACUGGUGAAGUUGGAAUGGAAUCUGCUGCAGAUAAGGAUGUUGACGGCAAUGCUAAAAAAGCAUCUGAGCCUAAGCCAGAGGUCAAGGCAGCAACUGGAGGCAAAGAAACCGAAAGUGAUGUCAAGAAAGAUGACGAAAAUUCAAUUUCAACGAGUGAAACUACUCCACUGAGCUCAUUCCAACAGCUUUCAAGUACACAAAAUGCAUUCACUGGUCUUGCUGGUACUGGCUUUUCUACUUCUACCUUCUCAUUUGGGUCUAUUCCGAAGGAAGGGUCCGCAACAGGCACUGGUUCUGGUUCUGUUUUUGGACUCAAAGGAGACCAACCUUCUUUUGGGUUUGGUCUCUCCAGUAAUGGGAACUCCUCAAUUUUUGGCACUUCUGUUGUGUCCAAGGGUGAGAAUAGCAGUGUCACGGCUCUGCAGGAGGUUGUGUUUGAGACGGGUGAAGAAAAUGAGAGGGUGGUUUUUUCUGCUGAUUCUGUGUUGUUUGAAUAUGUAGAGGGUUGCUGGAAGGAACGUGGUAAAGGUGAAAUCAAAGUGAAUGUCUCGACAACUGGUAAUGAGAAAGCCAGACUCCUCAUGAGAACUAGGGGGAAUUACAGGCUUAUUUUGAAUGCCGGUCUUUACCCAGAAAUGAAGCUCACAAAUAUGGACAAGAAAGGCAUCACUUUUGUAUGCGUUAACAGCAUCACUGAAGAAAAGGACAAUCUUUCAACGUUUGCUCUAAAGUUCAAAGAUGGCUCCAUCUUGGAAGAGUUCCGUGAGGCUGUCGCAAAGCACCAAGGUAAUACAGCACAGAAAGAUGAUGAUGCAGCUGCAGUUUUGAAGACUCCAGAAAAUUCCCCUAAAGCUUCAAAUGAGUGAAAGGUGGUAGACGUCCAAAUUGAUGAUUCUGUUACGUGUGGAUGUCUGUCUGUGGAAGUCAUUGGUGAGAAUAAUCUCAUAACUAAGCUAUCGCCGGGUCCUCGUGAAGUAGAGUUUAGGGCUUAUGAUCUUUUUGGUCGAGUUGGCCUUUGCUGGCAUGUUUUUACCUUUCUCGUAUAUCGAGUCCUAAACUGUCAACUAUCAUUUACAAACCUGAGAACAUGGAGCAGCGAGAGGAUUAGCUGUUGUCCCAGUUGAAUAGUUACUUGAUGAGUUAACCGGGAAUAGGACAUAAUGAAGUAGCUUCUUUUUUCUUUCGGUUGCUAAGCAUGAGGCGGUUAGUUCA